UCAGCGCACGGCGGCUGUUCUGAGGAGGAACAGGAGGAGAGAGAGGAUGGGAUGUGUCGUGGUGAGGAUGCGCGAAACGCCCCUAGCAACAACCAUCUUUAAAAAAAAUAAAUAAAUAAUAAAAAAAAUAAAACAGUUGGGGAGAAAAAGCACACACAUAGACGGAUGAAUGGAAAUGGCUAACGUGGUGGGAACGGCGGUGUAGGUUUGACGAUGCCGCCCGAGCGCGUGUGCCGUUUUGUCGUCUUCCUCCUGCUUUUGUGCUGCGCCGCGAGGACGCACGAGAAAGCGGCGGCGGAUCCCGAGGUGCAGGUGAGGGUCAAGGUCUUUGACAGCGGCAACCUUUCGCCCCUGUCCGAUGCCGCCAUCGUCGUCCAUGGCAACCGGAGCGUGCUGGCAUCCAGCCAGGGGGCCAGUGAUGAUGCGGCGGUAGUGAAUUUCCAGUAUCGCACGGGCUCGUGGGUAAUCAUCACAGCAUCUCGAAAGGAUUAUGUCACCAGCUCAGUGCCGUGGCACGCCAGCAAAGUGCCCUUAUUCUCCUCAGUCAGCCUGUACCUUUUGGCUCAAAGGCCAGGAACCCUCAUCCUGUAUGAUGAUGUCAUCCAUGUGUUUCACGGCUCUCCAGGAGGGCGGAGCCAGCCAUGGCUGCACAUUCCAAGGCGGAGCUUGCAACGGAACUCCUCCUUCUCUGAAAUGACUGCUGUUUUGACCACUGCCAGAGAUAUCAGUGAAAUCAAUGACUUCCCCUACCUCCUGGCCCUGGAGCCCAACACCACAGGAGGAGAGAACAGUUGGACGGAUUUGACAGUAGUAGCUGCAGUCAGUGCCCAGCUGUUUGAUCGGGAAGGCAGUGAGGUUCAAGUCACAGAGCCAGUUCAUUUCUCUGUUCCUCUGCCCUCUGACACCCGUGUCCGGUCGCCCACCAGCAUACCUGUGUGGGUGUAUAACACGAAUACAGGCCUUUGGAUAAGAAAUGGGACUGGCUACAUUAGAAGAGAUGGCUCUCAUUUUACAUGGGACUUUAUGGCCUCACGGUUGGGAUACUGGAUAGCGGCCUUCCCCUCUUCAUCGGGACCUGGUUUGUCUCAUCCGAGCCUAAGGGACAUCACCGCAUAUCAUACCCUUAUCUUGCUCUCAAUACUGGGAUCUCUGGCUCUGCUUGUACUGGUACUACUCUGUGUUCUCCUCUACUACUGCAGACGGAGGUGCCUGAAGCCUCGGAGGCAGCAAAAGCAGGGUCAAGUCUCAACUGCUCUGAGCAACUCCAGAAGAGACCAAGGCACCUCCACCUCUCGCCUCAACCUUAUCUGCGGUGGUCAUGUUGAAACCACCACCUCCAACGGUGAUCCAGAGGCCAGCAAAUCUGAAGCGUCCACGUCCCACGAAUACAAAAGUGCACGUGAUGAGUUUGCCAAGCACGUACCAGCACACAAACUCCGUCAUUCAUCCAAGAAUAAACAGUCAAAAGGGGCCCAGCGAGGUGCUGAAAGCUUCCCUAUGAAGGUGCAUCGUUCCACAGACACAACCAACCUUGACAGUACCCUUCCCCAUGAAGACUUCAGUCGCAACUACAGCCCAGAUGUCAAGGAUCACGAGUACCGUCGCAGACAUGUUGUUAAUGAUAAUCGUGGAUACACGGCUGACCCACCUUCUCCGCCCCUCUCUGACAAGCCGCCAGAAUAUUCGCAGGUUUCCCAAGGUCAGGACCAUCUUGCUCGUCCAACAACACUGAACACACAACCUGGUCAGAUCAUAUUCUGCAGCUCUUUAGAUCAAAUGACAGAGAACAUGUACCGCAGCAUGGUUCCAACCCUGGUCAUUCCAGCACAUUACAUGCGUCUGUCGUCUGAGUUUGGUGGCUCUGAAGCUGCAAAGGAUGGCCAGAGUCAGGCUGAGAGGGAAAGAGAAGGCCAAGGAGGGGCAGGUAAUGGUGGUAGCAGUGGAGUUCAGAGCCAAGGUCUCCAGGUCCAGAGCCAGGGAUCAGGUCAGAUGCAAGCCCAGCAAGGUGUAGGGUCCCCAUCCGGUUCGGAGGAGAAUGUAUGGGCAUCUGGAGGUCCCUCAGCACCAGUCCACAUCCCAGUGCUCUUUAACGAUUCCACCAUGGCUCAGAUGAAUGGAGAGCUCCAAGCACUUACAGAAAAGAAACUUCGAGAACUAGGAGUCAAGCAGCACCCUCGUGCCUGGUUCAUAUCUCUUGAUGGACGUGCCAAUGCUCAUGUGCGCCAUUCCUACAUCGAUGUUGCCUCAGAAUUUGCUCACAGUGGCGCUAACAGCAGUAACCACAGUGCUCAAAGCACCCUGAGUGCCCCUGCUGGCACCAGUAAGGAUUGCUGCCCAGACACAAGUCUCCAAGAUACCCAACAGGAGCGCAAACAGUCAUCUGGACGGAAGAGUAAAGAGGAACGGCACGGAAAUGGGCGGAAGGGGCAUGGAGGAAGCAGCAGUGGGGGGAAGCAGUAUUCCAAACUGGCUUAUCAUGACCCUCUAGAUCUUGCUGGUGGUGUUGGCCGUAUGGGGGCAGGAUCACCUCUGGAAAAUCCACUGACUCCUCUCCUUGAUGAUGGGCCAGAGGAACCACGAGGGUCACCAAUGCCACGAAGAGGUCGAAGCCGGGGAAACAGCUCACGUAGCAGCAACAGUGAGACCCAACGGGAUUCUGUCACCAGCCCAGAGGAUGAUAAUGACCCAGAUGACAAGGAUGAGAACAAGAAAAGUCCAUGGCAACGAAUUGAGGAACGGCCUCUCAUGGUGUUCCAUCCCAAGAAGUAAAAAAGUAACAGAAAGAGACCAUGUCACACCUUUUACAUAUGAAGGACAUGUCCACCUGGGUCCUGGACCAUGCUUGACACUUGAGCACUAUAAGCACCAUCUUUAAAAAGGAGGCCAUUUGUGGAAAAGGGUGAUGCCCUUGUUUAAUGAUGUGGAUAUAAGCAAGGAUACACACAAUUUGUUCAAAUUGGUGAUUGUAAGCAAAAUUUUGUCUAUAUUGGGACAAUUUAAUCUAGUUCAUCCAAGCUAAACGAAACACUGUCAGAAUCAUUUUGUAAUUAAUCAAAUACCAUCCUUAUAUCACCAAGAACUAUAUCUAUAGCUCUGAUGUGGAUAAGAGACUAGUGAAAUAUGAGAUUCUGGGAACAGAAGAGCAGAUGAGGUGACACUCCGACAUAAGACAUAUUCAGCACCUCUAUGAUGCCUGACUGAAGUCCCUUAUCAUAAUAUGAAAUGCCAUUUUUACCAUAGGUCUAAAUAAAAAAUAUUCCUUAAUGUACGUUGUAUAUGUUUACAAUCAAAUAUGGCACAAAAGAAGUCACAAAACUACGUACAAGACUGUUUGAAUUGCUUCAGAACGGCUUGGACGUUGCUGUGGAUUUACGGAAUAGUGCCAUAGUCGAGAUGGCAUGUUCAUGAACAGACUUGUUUUGGGAAGAAAAAAAAAAAAACAGGCAUUGUGCUGAAGAGUGAAAAAUUACUUUUAAGUUACUGGAUGUUUUCAUAUUUGAUGUAACACAGCAAUCUUGUGUACAUCCUGUUUCAUAAUCCCAAUGUGAAUUUUUAUUCCUAGAUCCAACAGGAAGCAUUAUACCUUAUUCAUGUAUUAUUAAUGUUUUUUUUUUCUUUAACUAUCAAUAUCGUCAAGAUGAAUUACAAUAUGAACAGUAAGGAUAAAAUGUACUGAUUUAUAGAUCCAAACACUCCAUGUCAGACAUUCCCAAUUAAUGACCAAUACUUGUGCUCAUAGUUUAUUACUUCGUUAGGUAAUUUUAUUCGAUGUGGUUAAGGUAAAUAUUUUUCAUAUAUUCCUGUUUGUGAUUUACCAAGUGGUGAUUUUUUAAAUGUAUUUUUUUGCCCUUAAGAACUUUUCAGAUCAUACGAAGCUGGCAGUGCACUUUAAAUGAAAAAGAGUGCAGUAGUCAGUAUACGCUAAAGUAGUACGUUGUAUGUCCUUAAAUGGUUUGGAGGGGGCUGUGUCAGUGUCAUGAUAUCGCACUGUUGCCAGGUUCACGAUCAACCUAACAUGAUAUUUAGACCAAUCACAAACAAGGGGGCCAGACAAAACAAAUUUGACUGUUAAUCCAAACACGAGCAGUAAAACACAUACUACGAAACAUCUUAGUCAGUCAGUUCUGUACAUGUUUUUCAAACUUAUGUGCAAUUCUCGUCUCGCAAAUGUACUUAUAUUUUUUAUGGAGAAGGUUACAUUGCACAAAGUUGGUCGUGGAGUGAUGGAAAACAGCAGAGUUUAUUUAAGACAAUUUUGCUAAUGUUAUAUUUAAAAAAUAUCGUCUUAACCAGACAGCUACUUCCUGAACAGAGAAAAGGGGUAGAGAAGAUAUUUCAAAGAGUCAAUAAUUCUAUAAAGUGCAUUAGGUAAAAAGUAAGUAAUAAAACACAAUUGGGCGUACUGUUUUAGGAAAGUAAUCAAAGAAUAAUCAAAGAAAGGGUUGGGCUAUAACCACUCUAAAGUUGUUUUGAAUUAUUUUCCAUGGACAGCAUGUUCCAGAGUGUUUUAUUCCUCUUAUAAACACAGCAAUUUGCUGAACAGUUAUAGUUUUUAUCUGCUUAUAUGUACAUUUAAUGUUGUAGAACGUCUGUGAAACAAGUUAGUUACUAUUCUCACUUAUGUUAUAGCAGCUAUAGACAUUCGUUCCUUCAAAAGCCUCUCGUUUAUCUCUCUGUCUCUCUCCCUCCAAGUUAAUGAGACAAAACUAACGCAACCUGUCAAGUUUCCAAAAAAAAAUGCAAAAGUCGUUACAAAGCACUGGCAGUGGAGACUCCUUCCAUGAAUGUCUCCUCACCAAAAAUGUCACCAUAUCAACAAACAUACAUUUUUAUUUCUUAAAGAACAACACGUUUUUUUUUUUUUUUAAAUUAGGAUUAGAUUAUUUGGUGCAUCCACCAAGCAAGUACCUCUGAAAUAGCUGUUUCUAUAGAAACAGUAAAGUAUCAGAAGACUUCCUGAUUAAUCAGAAUCAACAGCUCUGUAGAAUAAAUAUGGUAAACAUCCAGAUUUUACUCUUAGCCAGACUCCAUUAACACAAGUCCAGAUGUUAGAGGGGUCCUGUGUAUAUACAGUAGCAUUUAUAUGCAUGGGAUGUAGACUAGAAAGACAGUUUUUUUUUUAAAUGACUGAUCAUGAAAAUGGCUCUCGUGAGAGUAUGAAAUGUGGGAGGAUGAAAUGUGCUGUGUUGCCUUUGAGGAAAGUGAACACGGUGAUUAUUUAGCAUGUUUGGUAGUGUCGGAUAACGGUGCCAAAAUGGCGCUCAGAUGCCUUGUCGGAAGGCAAAAACAACCUUGUAUUCCAAGUUGAAAUAUUUGGUGCUAUUUACAUUUUACUUUCACUGUAUGGCAGUUUUUUUCUCUGUAAUCACUCGAACUGUGUAUGAAAUGUUGCUUUGUUGCUGAGAAUUCUGAACUUGCUCUCGUGUUAAUAUUCAUACCACGACAUGCGCAACUACUCUCACUUUCUUAGUGUAGUGCAACUUCCUUAUUUUUAACAGAAUGUCUUAUCUAAUAUUUUAGCUUUUCACUUAAUCGCUUAGCUUGUUCGUCAAUUAAUAAUCUAAUAAUAAUCAACCUCAUUUGUGUCAUGUGGAUGAUGUUUUUUUCUGCCAUUGUAGAGACAAAUGCCAUUUUGAGACAUUUUUUGGCUCAUUUUUUAGGGGAAAAAAAUUGUGGCCUAUUUUAAAUCAAAGCACAGAGGAAGCACAGGUCUUCUUAGCACUACUGGUUUGG